AUGCCGGGUCUCACUAUGCUUAUCAACCCAAAGGCACCUACAGCGAGGAAAAGCCCCAUCACCUCAACACCAACCCCCAAAGUCCCCGCGAAGGCUCAGCAGCAGCGCAAAACAUCCGUUUCCCAAGCGGUUCCGAAGACGCAGCAGCAGCGCAAGAAUUCGAAUGCGCAAGCCUCGCCCAAGGUCGUUGUGCAGCAGCAGCGUAAAAGCUCUGCUGUGAAGCCUCCAGCCAUGGUGGAGGAUAAGAGAAAGAUCAAGGCUGAGGUGAGAUGGGAAUCUGGAAUGCUCUCAGAAUCAAAGCUGACAAUUUUGCAGGGGAUUUCACCGACGAUGGUUAACCUCCAGGUCAAACCCGUAGGAGCGGACAAGCGUACUGCUCAGCCGGAGACCAGGAAUGAGACUCCCCCGAAGAAGCAGAAGAUCGAGGAGAUGAAGACUGAGGUACGUGAUACAGAAUACCAAAGCGAUUGCAUGCUCACACUAUCCCAGAUCGUGAAAGACGCCACGGUCAUGACUCUGUCCCGACCCACUUCCACAGCGCCAGAUACGCAGGUCGCACCCGCGCUACAGCCUGCUAACUCCCAAUCCACUCAAAUGAUGAAGAAUCUCCUCCGCCACGUCCUCCACGAGCAGCCCUCUCUGCUCCCAUUCAAUCUGUCCAUACCCAUAACAUCUACUCACAUCGACAACAUAGCCCACACGAUGUGGCAAAUCGCCUUCAAACACGUCGUCAUGCUCCAACGCGCCUGUCAGUACAGCGCCAUGUUCUCGCCCAUCAAGCUGGCAGCACUAGCUAAGCUAAACUUCCUGCCUAGCUGGUGGUUCUUCAGGGACUUGGUGGUGGGAGGGUUGCCGGAGUUGAUCAAGGGUGUGGAUGGGAAGGGGGAAGAGAUGGGGAAAGCGGUGGUGAUUGAUGAUAGGGAGAUGCAGGGAGCGUGGAAUGAGGCUAUUAAGUGGUGUGGGAGUGUUGUUGCGAGGAGGGAGCGCGUUGCUACGCCGGUGGUUACGGAGGAGGAGAGGGAGAAGUGGGAGGUUGUGCAGGUGGCGCAGGAGGAGGAACUGAUGCUGGACAGCAAAAUGGAGGAUGCUGGCGAGGAUGAAGGGGAAGGGGAGUGA